ACGCAUUCGAAAUCGAAAGUUCUGGAAAUGGACAACGUAAAAGAUUAAUCAUGAAUUAUGGUUAACAUUAUACUAUUUACGUGUUGUACGAUUAUUUUUAGGCGAGAAUAUCAAAAUUAUUUUAAAUAUAGCUGACUAAAAUCAGCUUUACAGGAAAUUUUAAGUCAGAACUAGUUUAACUGAUUGACAGCUCUCCAAAGGAAAAGGGAACGAAAGAUUAUCCUGACAUCUGUCAUUUUGCGCCUCAGAUCAGACAAGACUGUUGGAGAGGUGAAGAAUGGAGGAUGAUGAAUCGAUGUCGGAUAACAGCGUGCCUUUCGGCUACGGAGCUUCAGCGUUCGGCAGUGAGGCAGAGGAAGAGGAGGAAGAUGUCGUCGUGCACAGAGAGCUCGCGCUCCGGCGGAUGGAGUGGCAGACAGUCGCAGAGGGCUAUCACGUGGAACGAGCCGCAUCACCUGCUCCCAGCUACGAAUCAAUGCACAGUGACGACUGGUCUGGACAAGGGGCUAAUAAUCAGUGUAGAGUCCGGCUGAACAGACGGCCUUCAUCAUCAUCAAGCGAUGGCUCUUCUAACUCUAGUGAGAAGCCAGAGGAAGAGCCCAUAGAAGUAGAAGAAGAAAUACUAGAAGAACAACCAAGUGAUGCUCCGCCUUUAAAGCCAGAGUUAUUAGUUGAUCCUAGUGAUGAGCAUCCUUCCCUGGUUGUUGAGUUUGCCUUUAAGACCCUCCAGAGCAGCCUGCAGCAACUUUCCAAAGAGAAUUUCCAACGUUUCAAGAGGAUCCUGUGGGAACGUUACCCAGAGUGCUUUCGAGAUCGGCUUGACAGUUUGGACAUUAUAGACUUGGUGGAUAAAAUCCUGGAGCUCUGCGGCAUAGUGGUGUCUCUAAAGAUCACAUUGGUGGUCCUAAAAGAAAUGAAUUUAAAAAAUGUUGCUGAGAACCUGGAGGCAAUGUGCAAGAGAAAUAAGGUCAGUUAUGUGUUGAAAAAGACACUGAAAAGGAAGUAUGAGUAUGUUUAUGAAGGCCAGAGCCAGCAAGAACAAGAAAUCCUCUUUGCGAAUGUGUGCACAGACAUUUAUAUAACAGACGGUGGCAAUGCUGCAGUGAACAGCGAGCAUGAGUUUAGGCAGAUACAGGAUCUGCAAGAGGACAGCCGCAGCAAGAAAAGUCCACUGUCCUUCACAGACAUUUUUGACCCUGAGGUUGUUGAGAAAAGGCACAUAAGGACAGUGAUAACUAAAGGAAGUCCAGGGACUGGCAAAUCAUUCCUAGUUCAGAGGUUUAUCUUAGACUGGGUGGAAGGUAGAUCACACCAAGACAUCAAUUUCCUGCUCCCCUUGCCAUUCAAGGAGUUGAACCAGGUGACAGAGGAAACAAUAGGCUUCAUGGAUUUAAUCUGCAGAUUGUAUCCAGAGAUGAAAGAAGUAGAUAACCUUGAAUGUGACGGCUGUCAGGUGUUGUUUAUUUGUGACGGCUUUGACGAGUACGCUACCCCCAUUGACUUUCGCAACAUUGCUUAUUGGUGUGACCACAACGAGCCAGCAAAGAUGAACGUUUUAAUCGCUAACCUGAUCAGGGGAAACCUGUUGUAUUCUGCCUAUGUGUGGGUGACCACACGACCCGUAGCAAUCAACCUGAUUCCUGCAGAAUGCAUCCACCAGUUGUUAGAGGUCCGUGGAUUUGCAAAUGAACAGAAGGAAGCCUACUUCAGGAAGACCAUCCCCAAUAAGGAGCUUGCAGAAAGAGUUGUAGCUCAUAUCAAGUCCUGCAAGACGCUCUAUAUUAUGUGCCAUCUGCCGCUGUUCUGCUGGGUGGUGCGCAGAUACCUUGAGAGGAAUCUCCAAAAUGGAGAACUUCCCAAAGCUCUUACCUAUUUCUACACCAACCUUCUGCUUGUGCAUAUGAAAAUGCGAGGUCAGGAACUGCUGUCAAAAGACUUCUACAUGAAGCUUGGAAUGAUGGCCUUCCAACUACUUGAGAAGGGUGUGUUCAAGAUUGAGAAAGAGCACUGGAAAGAGUAUGGUCUGGUGGCUGAAGAUGCCGUGGUCAGUGCAGGCCUGUGCAUGCAGUUCUACCGAGAAAAGUUUAUGAUGUAUCAGGAGAAAGUGGACUGCUUCGUUCAUCCAACGAUGCAGGAGUACUUGGCGGCUCUUUAUGUUUUUCUUUGUUUCAAGAAUCAAAAGAAGAAUGUUCUGGUGGAAAGUCAAAAGUUUAAAUUUUUCCAAGGCUCAAAAAUGGAUCUCACGGAUCUGCACAAGAGCGCUGUAGACAAAGCUUUACAAGCUCAAAAUGGCAACUAUGACCUCUUCCUACGUUUUCUCUUGGGCAUGUCAGUAGAGACCAAUCAGAGGCAGCUUAGCUUCUUGCUUCCCUCCAGUACAGGGUCUGACCAGCACGCUCUGGAAGAGACUGCGCGCUACAUCACAAAGAUCAAGGUCCAUCCUGACAGGAGAGAAAACCUUCAAAGAUGCAUAGAUGAACUUUUCCCUCAUCCUCAAAGGGGUUGAGGAUUGAACUAAUUUUACUAUGUUGUUUUAUGGAUUGGAUGAGGGAACAGUUUGUCAGCACUAAGUGUAUUAUGUUUUUGAUUUGCAGGGAAAUAAUUCUCUUAACAUAACUCUUGACACAAGAGACAUCCUGACAUGGUAUCAGGUGAAACACUGUUACAGCUUUAAAAAUGCUCAAUAUUAGUGCUAGGUUUGGUUGGUGGACAGAACUAAACAGCAGUGCUGUGGCCAGAGACUGACAAAUGAAUCUAUGAAAUGUUGCUACAAUCAUGACAAGCAAAAUUAUUUUUUUGUUAAAGAGGUUUAAAUUUACAUACACCAUAGACCUGAGUGUCUCACAAAAAAAUAAAAUGAGUGGGAAACAAUAUA